AUGGAUGUGGAUACGACCUGCUUAUUCCGGAAUUCCACCCUCCUUCUGUGCUCCAAUGUUGAAGCUGAAAGAACCACGCGUGACAUCGUCUUUGAGUUGCUCCUGAAUGUAGCCAAUCGCGCUGCCUUGGAGGGUCGCUCUGUCUCUUACUUUCGACCCUGUGAAUUGGUUUGUCUUAGCCAGUUCCAUGUCCAUGGCGCACCUGCUUGCGAUUUCAAUGCUUGGGACUCCAUUCGAUUCUUUUAUCCUACAGAGGAUUCCCUCGUGUGUUUCUUCUCUCAAAUACACCUAGCUAAGCGUCUUCCAGAUCUCAUCGUUAUUGAGCAGUUGGAUCGAAUAAUAGGACACCACCGGGAGGAUUUUCUAGCUAGACUGUACGCUCUCACUUGCCUCUUCACCGAUGCACUCGAACACAUUCAUCAGCAGAGGUCAUCACAGAACUCGGGUGCAGGGUGUCGUCUUCUGGUGAGCUGUUUUCUUCCCCAGACCCUAUGGAAUGGGCAAUCGACGAUCCCGAGAUAUCUCGUCCCCCAUGGUCUUCACCAAGCCUGUCUUUUUGCCAAAGAGGACGAUGAAUCGCAUUUCUCUCUGGCCGACUUCACGGGCGCAUUCAAGUUCAGGCUUUUACUGAGGGAGAGGGAGAUAUUUUUCACUUCGUUUCUUUACGACACCAAUCUGCUGACCUUGGUUCAACGAAAAAAUAGCUAA